UAACUUCAAGCUCGUUUUCUGUAUAAACAAAUCGGGAGUCAUUAGUUCCCAAAUCGUGCUCGAGUUUAUUUCAUACUUCUCGUAAAUCUAUAUCAUGACUGAUUCAGUGGGGAAACUCGAAGAGGAAGCCUUGAAGCGCAAGGAGCGGCUGAAAAAUCUGAAACGUAAAAUAGAAGCAUCCAAUAGCGGAGAUAAUGGUCAGUCUACUGAGACAAUUCCGAAGCCUGUCUUCCGCAACUAUCGACCGGAAAGUGAAGAAAUUAAAGAAUGCGCCAUCGAGGAAGUGAAACCAACCGAUGUGGUGUCGGAGAUAAGUUCCCAGUUGGAAAUGAUGAAGGCGCCGAUCGUGAUUGAAGAGAUUGACAUAGCGAACCUGGCCCCGAGGAAACCAGAUUGGGACUUGAAGCGAGACGUAUCCGGCAAGCUAGAGAAACUUGAACGACGAACCCAGAAAGCGAUAGCCGAGCUGAUUCUCGACCGUCUCAAAUCGGGACAAGAAGAUAUUCUUCAAGCGGUAAAUGUCGCAUCUGCGACUAUCACUUCCGGUAAAGAUGAUGAAGAGUGAUGUUAUUUUGUAUAAAAAUCUAUAUUUUCAACACAAUUUAACUAUUUGUACAAUUAAACGAGUAUUUACUCGAUCCGAUUAUGUGGUCUCAGAUAACGAUUCGUCAGACACGUAUUUAUGAUAGGUGUUUCCAUAUUCUGGGCAGGGGAUAACUUCACAAUGAGAUCAUUGAUUUCUGUAAGAUACCAAUAAAUGUUAAAACAAAUAAAUCACAAUGGAUAUUGGCAGGAGGGAUACUUUUUCUGUAUUUUUCCUCGAUAA